CACAACCUGAGGGUUAACCCCGCAGGAGUUAAAUUUCCUGGUGGGGCGAGAUCGGCUUGCCGGAGACAAGGAAAUGUUUUGCUUCCGUAUGCUUGACAGAUGACUUGCCAGUGACAGGACCAAGUGGUCUAUCGUUUGUGGUCGCGAUAGUAGCAUGGCUUUCCAAAUCCCUUGCCUGCUGUUUCUUGUGGUUUUGUUCUUUGUCAAGACGGAGGGGUCUGAUGGAUCGUGCAACAAUAUCACUCACAUUUUUAAAGAAGACCUGAAUAUCUGCUGCAAGAAGUGUGAACCUGGGUUUCAUAUGAAAUCAGAAUGCUCCGAGGGGAAGGAAACGGUCUGUGCGCCUUGUUCGAAUGGGAGAUGGUCUGGGUACAACUACUUCAAAAAUUGCUUCAAAUGCACAGCAUGUAAAAAAAGCUUGGAAUAUGCUCAGAAUUGCUCAACAACCAGGGAUGCAAAAUGUAGAUGUCCGUCUGGACGGUACUGCUCCAAUGGAUAUGAAGAGCCAUAUUGCACAGAACACUGCAAAGCAUACACACCCUGCCCACCUGGUCAGGGCGUUGUCACAGCAGGAACGGCAGGUGCAAAUGUGAAGUGUGAGGACUGUCCAGAUGGGACUUUCUCCGAUCAGAGCUCCAGCACCCAGAUGUGCCAAGCCUACUCAAGGUGUGCGCCAGGCGGCGUCCUGAAGGAGGGCACUCCCACUUCGGACACUGUGUGUAAAGUCCCUAUGGACCUGGUGGAUCCCAGCUCGACCACCACACAGAGGGCCACCACGCAGGUCACAACCCUGGGCCCGCCAAUGCCCAAUCGAGCCGGCAACAUCACACCCUCGACUGUUCCACACACCUGGUCCACGUCGACAGGACCACAAAGUGUGAUCUCAAAGCCCUCUAAUGGCACCUCAGGCACCACUGAUCUGACAGCUCCUUUGGCUUGUUGUGGAGCUUUGCUGUUGGUUGUCGGCCUGCUUUGCGCCGUCUACUACUUCAAAAAUCGAAGAGGUCCGCCGGAAAAGGAAACUAAAGUUGAAAAUGGCUGUCUGAAAGUUCCCCUACCUCCUUCGCCCAGUCGUCCAGAGUGCCAGCUCCUCCUCAACAACAGUGACCUAGCUGACCCCAGUGUCUCCUCGUCAGCUAAACAAACCAGGUCCGGGCCCUCGACCGGGCCCCAUCCCAGCCCUGCUGCUCGUGCUUCCAACGUCUACGCGACCCAUGACGACAUCCGCAAGGAGCUUCCCCAGUCUCCCACCGUUCACCAGGUCGUCAAUCUCAACCUCAGCAUCGUGGCCUCGGCCCCGGCCUCGGCAGCUCCUCUCGUCCCCGCUGGUGCCAGCACGCCGCGGCCCAACGGACGGCCUCCCGAGAUGGACAGCGAGCUGCCGUUGUCCCAGGAGGAAGUGGACGUCCCCCCCGGCCAAACGGAGCAAGGCAAGGAGGCUCACACGGCAGUCCCAGAGACGGGGGAGUUUGUGUGCUAAUGAGACUGGAGGAGGUUUGAGGUCUGUACCAGGACAUUUGGGGCAGCCGUGGCCUACUGGUUAGGACGUCGAGCUUGUAACCAGAGGGUUGCCGGUUCGACCCCCGACCAGUCCACGGCUGAAGUGCCCUUGAGCAAGGCACCUAACCCCUUACUGCUCCCCGAGCACCACUGGUUGGGCAGGCAGCUCACUGCUCUGGGUUAGUGUGUGCUUCACCUCACUGUGUGUUCACUGUGUGCUGUGUGUGUUCACUAAUUCGGUUAAAUUGGGUUAAUCACGGGAUCAAAAAAGGAUAUAUACUUAUAGGACAUGCUGCUCAGUGCCCCAAAGACUGGAGAGUGACUGGAAGAAAAUGAGUCUCCCCGUGAGGGAAUCUGAGGGAGGCGUAGUGAGAUGGUGCUCUAAAACACACAUUCCUCUGAUAGGAGCUUACACUGACACAGGUCUGACACAGGGCUGGCCCAGGGCUAUGCCCAGUCAGGGCCAGACCCCGUUCCAUAGUAUACACAUCUGAGAGUUCAGGCCAGUAUUGUAAUGUACAUUUUAGAUCUGAUGUUUUGUCUUAUCUGAAAAAUGAAUGUUGCCGUCAGUGAUGGCUACUCAUCAAAUAUCCAUUGUACAUCUGGAAAACUACAUUAUUGUUUACCUUGUCUUUUCACCACAAGACAUUUUGGACAGGACUGUGGUGCCACCUUGUGGCCAAACUAUGCUAUUGCUAUAUAAUGCAAUUAAUGGAAAUGAUAAAUGCCUCUAUAUCAGCCACCACAUUCAUUUCUGAAUGUAUAAUAGAAUGUAUUUACCCUGCACUGAUAAAAUAUUUUCUUGCCACUGUACUAUAAUGUAUAUAAGUCGUUUCUCGGUAUUCCAAGCAGGUGAGCAGAUCAGGUACUUGGAAUCCCAUUUUGUAGGCCUAUCACCAGUGAUCAAAAAUGAUAUGCUUGCUUUGUAUUAAACACCUUUUUAACUAUGUGUAAAUGAGCUUGGGAUGGGUUAAGUGCGUUCCAUCAGUGAAGCUGGACCACGAGUAUUAAUGGAUUCACAGCUGUUGCACAAAAAUAACUGUAAAGUUUUGAUGCUGAAGACCUUUUGAUGUUAUGUCAUUUUUCGAUGAAUUUGUUAUAUUUUGCACUUUAGCCAUACCCAUGAAAAUGUCUGAAUGACUGUAAUAUCCAAUAUUGUCGUCUGUCAUCAUUGUCUAUAUUGUUAUAUUUUUGUACAAGUAAAUAUGAAUGAUGUAUAACAUGUUGCUAAGUAUGAUACUUUAAGU